GGUGGGCUAUAGCCUACUGCAUAAUACAUUUACAUUUAACUGUUGUAUUAAAAUACAUUUUUAAAUGUUGUUAACAUAGAUAUCUCAUAAUGCAGCACAAAUAUUAAUUAUUGCCUCAGUUAUUUAUGCAUCAUAUUGGAUUCCUGGAAAGCUCUCUUUUUUUUUUCCUGUGUCAUACACGCUGUCACUCACUUGGCGUGAAAUGUGUGUGUGUGUCGGGGUGUGUGUUUGUUUCUCUGCAUUGAAGCGGCGCGGCGCGGAACGGAGAGGCGGGGCAGAUAAGGGCACAGAGAGGGGAGGCUGUACCCCGGUUUGAACGCCGUUAAUUAGUGACGUGCCUUCCUGCGAGUAAGAGCAGUCGCUGCUGAAAGAGCGCAGCCCGGUGGAGGAUGAACGGGGACUCCGUCAAACCUCCGGGGCGAUGAGGAGCGGAGAAGACGGACGACAGAGAGCCUUCUGCCGCAGAGGAAACCCAGAUUAGGCUGAUUUGACAAAACAAGCCUUACCGGCAUCCCCAGGGCGAAGGACUACAUUCCACGUCACGCAUCCUGCGACUUCCACUUAUACCCACCGACCCACCCGACUCGACCACCCAGCGGGUUGUGUCGGGGAUGUGAAGGGUGGAGCUGAACACACCGGCAGCCGACAAGGAUCUUGGUCUGACUGCAUCUUUAAGAUUUCUGUCAUGAGAGCGUCGGUCCCCAUGUUUAGCCCCAGAUCAGAGAAGUCCACCGAUGCGUCCUGCAGCUCCUGAUGCUCGACAGUACUCCGGGGCUUUCCGGUCGGUGGGAGAGGCUCGAACCGCGGCCGCGCGCUAGGAUGCUGCGCCAGGUGUUGCACGCGGGCCUACGGACCUCCUUCCACGCGCUGGGCCGGUUCGUGGCGAGCCACCCGGUUUUCUUCGCCUCUACGCCGGUGCUCCUCUCCAUCCUGCUGGGGGCCAGCUUCAGCCGGUACCGCGUGGAGGAGGACGUGGAGAGUCUGCUGGCGCCCAAGCACAGCCUGGCCAAGAUAGAAGGCAACCUGGUGGACAGCCUGUUCCCCGUGAACCGCUCCAAACACGCACUCUACUCCGACCUGCAGACUCCGGGACGCUACGGGCGCGUCAUCGUGACAGCCCGAAAGGGGAGCGUGCUGGACCAGGGUCACCUGGACACCAUACUGAAGCUCCACAGGCAGAUUUACCAGAUGCAGGUGACAGUCCCGGCCACAGGCCUCAACAGCUUCAACUACUCCUUCUCCUACCUCUGUCUCCCCGAUGAAAAGAACAUCUGCAUCAUUGAUGACAUCAUACGUGCCAUGGAGGAGAUCCAGGCAGCUCGCGCCUCCAACCGAACUGUCCCAAUCCUGCGCUACCCGAUCACACAGCUGGUAGACGGAAGGCAGGCGUACAUCGGCCACCAACUGGGUGGAGUACAGGGUUGGGGUCCCAGCGGGGCGGUGCGUAGUCCUGGCACGGGCAGCAAAGGGGAGGGUGUACGAUCGGCAAGGGCACUGCAGCUCACCUACUACCUCCAAGCGCGCGGCGACCUCAUGGACCGGGUUGCUGGCCAAUGGGAAAAGGCCUUCUGUGCGGAGUUAGAGACGUUUGCGGUGUUGCACCCGAAACUGGGACUAUACCCUUCCACUUCCUCUUCUCUGAGGACGGACUUUCAGUUCUCGUCUGUGCUGGCACGACGCCCCCUGUUGGCAAGCUUGGGGGCGUGUGGUGUUCUCGCAAUCCUGUGUUGCUCUAUGAGGGACUGUGUGAGGUCAAAACCCUGGUUAGGACUGCUUGCUCUGCUGUCAAUCACUCUAUCGGGCCUCACUGCUGCUGGGAUUCUCAACCUGACCGGGGCAACCUACAACUCUUCAUACCUGGGAAUCCCGUUCGUCAUGCUGGGUCACGGGCUCUUCGGCUCCUUUGAGAUGCUGUCAUCAUGGAGGCGGACCCGGGAGGACCAGCACGUGAAGGAGCGAGUGGCGAGCGUCUUCGAGGAUGUCAUGCUGCGUUUCUCCGGCUCCACCAUGCUCCACCUGAUGACACUCGGCCUCGCCGCCUCGCCUUUCACCAACAUGGAGGCCGUCCGUCUCUUCUGCCGAACCGCCGCCCUGGCUGUCACCAUUAGCUACGUUUACACGCUGUCCUUCUACAGUUCCUGUCUGGUGAUCACCGGGUAUCUCGAGACGGGCUACAGACACGGCUGCUUCUGUCGCAGAGUCCCCAAACCGGACCGGCUGGAUUCCAAACCGGCCUGGUACAGGUGUUUGAUGUACACGCGCUACCAGGACGAGACUCACGCGACAAACCCGCCGCACGGGGUCGUUCACGGAAACGCCAACUCGCCAAACCCUAACCUAGCGCACACGCAUUCUCACACACACCCACACACAGUGAACAAUCCUGCCGCACACGCACACGGCCAUGUGGCUAACUCCACGCACACACACCAGCACACGCACACGCACACACAUUCAACUGCUAACACAGAGCAUCAUCCGCCGGACUCUCACCUUUUGCUGGGGUGUGUGAGGCGUUGCUAUGGAGACUGGAUCACUAACACCUAUGUCAAACCAUUUGUGGUUCUGCUGUAUCUGGUUUACAUCUCGUUUGGAUUGAUGGGCUUCCUUCAGGUGACCCAGGGUUCAGACCCCAGUGCACUGGUUGCCAUGGAUACAGCGACAGUAUUGUACACCCGUGCCCAGCAGCGGUACUUCAGCUCCUAUUCCCCCGUCAUUGGAUUUUACAUCUAUGAAAGCGCCCCCUACUGGAACGCCUCCGUGCAGCGGGACCUGCUCGAAUACGCCAAAGGCUUCCAGCGAAUCAGCUGGCUGGAGGCGUACCUGAACUACCUGUCGGACCGCAACCAGUCCACCAGCCAGCCGCGGGAAAACUUCACCCACACGCUCCGCCACUCCUUCCUACGCGAGCCGCAGUUUGCGCACUUCGCGGACGACAUUAUAUUUGCGGAGCGGGGUCAGGGGGAGGAGCCUGACGUGGCGGCGUCUAGGAUCUUCCUUGUCGCCAAAACCACGGAGAACAAGCGGGAGGAGAUGUCAGUGCUGCUGGACACGCUGCGACGCCUGUCACUGACCUCGCGUGUGCGCUUCUUAAUCUUCAACCCUUCCUUCGUCUACCUGGACCGCUACGCCGCGGCCGUCAGCUCCCCUCUCAGACACUCACUGCUGGCGGUGCUCUUCCUUCUGGGUCUGUCCUCGCUGGCGGUCGUGGAGCCCCUUGUUUCCGUGUGGCUCGGCCUCACCCUACUCUCGGUGCAGUUUGGAGUUUUGGGUUUCAUGACUCUAUGGGGGGUGGAGCUUGACUGCAUGUCUGUGCUGUGUCUGAUAUCUGCCUUGGGGCACUCAGCGGACUGCAGCGGCCCCCUCCUCUGCGGUUUCGCCUCCGGUCGGGGCGACAGCCGGACUCGCUGGGUAAGAGUGGCGCUAGAGAGACACGGAGUCCCCUCUCUACAGACACUCAUCUGCUACAGCGCCGCCCUGGUGCCUGUCGGCUCCGUCCGCUCAAACCUCACGCGCACACUUUUCCGCUGCCUCACCCUCACGGCCGGCUGCUCGGCCCUGCACACGCUUGCCUUUCUCCCCACCCUCCUCACCUUCCUGCCCCCCCUCCAAGAGCCGGGGACACGGACCCGAAGGUGAGGGGCAGACACAGGAAGUGGAGUGUGUUGAAAUGAACGACAGCACCCGAGUAGUGGAUCAGAUUACCACUGUCUGAGCACAGGAUGAUUUGAGUUUUCUUCCUUUUUUUUUUUUUUUCAGAGAGACGGCCUCUUGGUUUCCAUGGUGACUGCCCACUGGGAACUGUCCCAUUGUAGUCAGAGCUGUGAUACAGCAGAAAAGAUGCUGAUCUAUGUAGAAAAAGAAAAGAAAAGGAGAUUGUCAUUGAGGGAAAGAAGACAGAAAAACAGAGGUAGAAGAUCAAGAGGAAACAGAUUUGAACAGGUACAUGAAGGUGUGAGUCUACUGAAGACGAAGAGAGUGAAGAUGAUGUUUCCAGUGCAGUGUAUCCAUGGUUACCUGCUUGUUGUAAGUGCUGUGUGGCAUGUAAAUGAGAAAACGGUCGAUAAGGAGAUGAGGGUCAGCCGAGGUCAGGCCUGGAUUUGUGAUUUUUUUACCAUGCAGAAAAGUUCCACCAUUUUUCACUAAUACUUGCUUUAGACCUGAUCGCAUUGUUUUGCUACUGCUUUUUGUUCAAGAUGGCAAAAUGCAUAAAUACAGCUACAAUGACAUGAGGCAAUCAUCUGUAAGACUCGAGUAUUUCUACUUAAAUGCUGGAAGAUUAAAGUCAAAUCA